GGACUGUAAGAGAACCUGUGGCAAGCUUAACAAGAGGACGAUUCUUCAUCCGCAGUCUUCGAAGAAGCUCGUGUGGGAUCUGCUUGGGGUCCUCGCCGUCGCUGUGGACUUGAUCUUCACACCACUGCUAUUCUUCGAUUUGAAAGAAACUGUGGUGUUGAAUGUCCUCAACUGGCUGGUCAAUGCUUUUUGGACGUGCGAUAUAUUUGUGACCUUUCGUACGGGCUUCCUCAAAGAGGCCAAGGUCGUACUGGAUCCUCGUUUGAUCGCAUGGCAGUACGCGACUGGGUGGCUGUGCUUUGACAUGCUGGUCCUACUCCCAGAAUGGAUGACCGUUUUGAGCGGAGAUUCUUCGCCCUCGGGGAGCGUGUCUGUGUUGCGGCUAGCCAAAUUGUCCAGGCUCAUGAGGUUAGCCCGGCUGGUGAAAAUUAAGAAGUUGAUUUACGCUUUGCAGCUCAGAGUCAAUUCGAAUCGAGUCAUGCAUUUUCUUCGCGUGGCCAUGAUGAUUUUGGGCGUCUUGGCAACCUCGCACGUCAUCGCUGGCUUGUGGUGGUGGAUCGGAAGCGACAACAACGGUUGGCCGACAUCUUCUCUUCUCGAUGGCAGUUUAACUGACAAGUACUUCGCGUCGCUGCACUGGGGAAUCACGCAGCUACACGGAUCGAUGCACAUCUCAGCCACGAACACAAUGGAACACAUUUUCAGUGCAGCUGUGUUGCCUAUGUGUCUUGUAAUGGUCUCUCUCAUGGUGAGUACGAUAACUACGGAUCUCCAGCAGAUGAAGGACUUCAACAAAGACGUGAUCGCUCAGAAGAUGGUGCUCUGCUCAUUCCUUGAGAGGAACAGGAUAUCACAGAAAACUUCAGCGCGCUUGAAGAUCUGGCUCGAGAAGGCCGCGCUGAACAGGCAGGAGCAGGACGAUGACCAGCGGCUCAUGGAGCUGCUCCCCAUUCACAUGCAGCAGGAACUGCUCGUGGAGAUACGCUCCCCGUCCAUCACGUGCCAUCCGUUCCUGUGCUUCAUGAAUUUGGUUUUCCCGCGCUUCAUCCGGGAGAUGGCGUUCGACGCCUUGGGCCAGGACCUGCCCCAGACUGGCGACAUCAUCUUCAGCGACACCGACGCCUGCAGCGUCAUGCGCACCGUGGUGCGAGGCGUUUUCCAGUACAGGCCGCCGAGAACGUGCCAGGACCUCAUCAAGUUCAUGCCCAAGCACAAGCAGCCUCGCCACAGCCUGUCUUCAGGGCAGCCCCGCACCAGCAGGAAUAGUUCCACGCCCAUGCGGAGCAGCUUCACGCCCUCUGAGAGGUUCAUGCCUCGCUUGAGCGCCCUGAGCAGGGGCAUCACCUGGAGCGCAUCUUUUGGCGGUGAGAAAGCAGCCGACAUCGAGAUCGACAUGACCCACGGGUGGUGGCUCAGCGAGAUCGCCCUGUGGACCCCGUGGGAGAAUGUCGGCACCCUGGAGACGAUCGAGGACGGCGUCCUGCUGCUGCUGCCGAGCGAGCGGCUUGUGGACAUGAUGCAGCGCCACAACAACCACGCCCUGCGCUCCACGUUGUGCACCUACGCGAGCUGGUUCCUCAGGACAGUCAACGAGCUGCCGCGGGUCGAGCUCUCGGACAUCUUCGUGCACCCGCAGGCCUGGCGCGAGGACGUCGCCGGGGCCGUUGGCAACGUCGGCAGGGAGUCGGAGGCCACGGAGCCCAGCAGGGACAGCGAGGCUAGCUAGGGAGAGCCAGAGAGCCGCCUCGCCCGGCGAUGGGGCAGGACGGACACGAGGAGACGACGAGGACGGGGGCCACAGGAAAAGCCCAGGUGGCAUCCAGCGAUGCUGCGGAGCACGCCUUGCGUGCAGGCAUUCGUUCUCCGCUGCGGGAGGCGACCCCAGCCCCCGGAGUGACGAGUGACUGGUGGGCCUGCCACGGAGGCGAAACCGAGUCUAGUAUUAACCUGAGUCUAGGAAGGGAUCCCGUCGCCGCCCCUGUGGCCAGAAGAGCGCAGCGAGGCAGCAUGCUCGAGUUUUCCCUGCGGUCUCCAGAAUGCCAGGCGAUCGCAGACCUGGUGAGGCGGACGGGCGGGGUGCCGAUUCGGAUAGACUCCAGCGGUCCGGGCCUAUAUGCUCGCGCGGAGACGCCGGCGCCGGCUGGAAACUGUGCAAAGAGGGGGGCCCAUGGCGCAGCCACGGCGGCCCCCGGGCCCCCUCCCCCGCGCUGGCCACCCGCGACGCGCGCGCCAGAGGGCCCGCCGCGGGGGGGAAGGAACGCUCCGACCCGCCUGUUUCUGUUCGAUUGGAAGGGACGAGUAGGGAGCGAGUUGAGAAAUGUUCGGAGAGUUUCACCGCCGCUGCUUGCGCCUGGGCACUGGAGCUCCUGCGCCUGGGCAGUUUUCGCCCGUUGGGGAAUGACGGAUAGGACUAUGAAGACCCACCCGAUGCGGGGACUACUUGUAAUUGGGGUCUGUAUAAUUUACUUCAGAAUGGGUGACUGGUAUGUGCGCUUUUUGCCUGAAGCCGCACCGACUCUCCCGUCGAAGGGGAGACGAAUUUUCCCGGACCGCGGCUUCUUGCACGCCCUUUUCAACACAUUUGCGUCUAAAUGUGGGGAUGCCAUUGCGCCUGCGCAUGGUCAGCCCCACAGCAUUGCAUGGUCACUGCGUGCCUUCAUAGUCUUGUUAGUGCUGUCUUGCCGAGGUGCGACCUCAUCCUCACGCCCAUCCUCAGAUCGCCCCUUAUAGUC